AUACGCGAUAAAAUUUCCCUCUGUAUAUUUUUUUUUUUUUUUUCUGUUAUCACCCUUUAAAAUGACCAUCCAACAUGAAGAACAUCAAUAUCUUGAUUUAAUUAAACGCAUUAUGAAUGAAGGUGAGCAUCGUGCUGAUCGUACCGGUACAGGCACUUUGGCUAUCUUUGCUCCACCUCAACUUCGUUUUUCCUUAAAAGACGAUAUAUUCCCCCUUUUAACCACCAAACGAGUCUUUUUCAGGGGAGUUCUCGAAGAAUUACUUUGGUUCAUUCGAGGCGAUACUAAUUCAAAACAUUUAAGUGAACGUAACAUUAAAAUCUGGGAUGGUAAUGGCUCACGAGAAUAUUUGGACAAGAUUGGUUUGAGUCAUCGACGAGAAGGUGAUCUUGGACCUGUAUAUGGUUUUCAAUGGCGACAUUUUGGUGCAAAAUAUGUAGAUUGUGACACUGAUUAUAAAGGACAAGGUGUCGAUCAGCUACAAGAAGUGAUAGAUAAAAUUAAAAAUAAUCCAACGGAUCGUCGUAUUAUUUUGAGUGCCUGGAAUCCUGCUGAUAUUCCUAUUAUGGCCUUACCACCUUGUCAUGCGUUUUGUCAAUUUUAUGUCUCAAAUCCACCUGCAGAUGGUGGCAAGGCAAAGCUUUCGUGUGUCAUGUAUCAAAGAUCAUGUGAUAUGGGAUUAGGCGUACCCUUUAAUAUUGCCUCUUAUGCUUUAUUAACUCGUAUGAUAGCACACGUUACUGAUUUAGAGCCUGGAGAAUUUAUUCAUACAAUGGGUGACACGCAUGUUUAUGUAGACCAUUUAGAUGCUCUCAAGCAACAAAUUCAACGGGAACCUAGACCUUUCCCUACAUUAAAAAUCAAGCGUAAAGUGAGCAAUAUUGAUGAUUUCAAAUAUGAAGAUUUUGAACUUGAAAAUUAUCAUCCUCAUAGUAAACUUGAUAUGAAAAUGUCAGUUUAAGAGGAAAAUAGAAAAAAUAAAUAAAUUAAUUAAAUAUAGUCUUAUUUUGUUUUACUAUCUUUAUUACAACAUUAAAUUAUUAGGGCUCAUCAUCAAGAUGUAGUUUAGCUUGAUAUUAACAAAGAUGAAGAAAAAAAAAAUUGCUGAUUAGAUUCUCUCUUUUAAUAUACUAAAUUAAGCACAUCUAUUUUUCGUUACUCUUUUUUAGGCAUUUUUAUGCCUAUCCUAGUGUUUACACUUUU